UGGAGGGGUCAGAAGGUGGCGCUAAAGAAUGUAAACCCAUUAUUCGCUAUCACACACAUGCAAGAAAAGAAGAAUCGCUUAGUAACAAAUAAGGAAGUUUAAGUUAAAACAAACAUUUAAGCAUAUUUUUUAUAACGUUGAUAAUAAUUCCCAGCGCGUCGGAUUCAGCAUAAUGAGGAUAAAUGAAAAUACUUUGCUUGAAGGUGACAAAGUCGUGUUGGUGCCUUACAAUGCCGAUCAUGUGCCCAGGUAUCACGAGUGGAUGAAGUCCCCUGAGCUACAGCAGCUGACGGCGUCAGAGCCCCUCUCCCUGGAGCAGGAGUACGAGAUGCAAAGGAGCUGGAGAGAGGACAACGACAAGUGCACCUUUAUCAUCCUGGACAAGCAGCGGUGGUCGGAGCCCGCGGCCCAGGAAGAGCAGUGCAUGCUGGGAGACGUGAACAUGUUCCUGACCGACCCCACUGACCUUUCCCUGGCCGAGCUGGAGAUCAUGAUCGCUGAGCCCAGCUACCGGGGGAAAGGUCUUGGAAAAGAGGUCACAUGCAUGAUGCUGUGCUAUGGAAUUUCCAAGCUGGGGAUCCAGAAGUUUGAGGCGAAGAUCGGCCUGGACAACACGGUUAGCAUCGCCAUGUUCAAGAAGCUCCACUUCCAAGAGCUGUCUGUGUGCAAGGUGUUCGGGGAGGUGACCCUGGGGAUGACGGUGGACCCGUCCCUCCGGACCAAGCUCCUGGGUGACAUGGCGUACGUGAAGGAGAGACAAUACCAGCGCCACUCAUCCCAACCCACCGGAGCGAGGGCGUCAUGACGACAACCUAACAAAUCUGCCGUCGCUGCUUGCGGACUUCUAGUGUAUGUGUGUGCGCGCGUGUGAGGCAGGUCCCUCCGGAAAAGUCAGGGAGCCCCCCAAUGAAACGAGAUAAAAAUACCUUUCUGGACUACGAUUCCCAUAAGCUCUAGGAAAACAGGGCUGAGAACUCUUUGUGGUAAUGCAUGAACACACAUGCAGAUGUGUAUUAUUCUGCUAUCUUUGUAGAGAUAGCAGAAUAAUAAUGUCAUUGGCGGCAUUAAUUGGAUCAAAAUUUCAAAGGAAGUUCAAAAAUGAAUUUAAUUUCAAAUGUAAACCAAGAAAGCCUAUCGAAUCAGGCAAAUGUAUUAGAUGCCACUUUAACUAUAGCAACCAAAACCAGCCACCCUGUAUUGAUGUUUUUCAAAACGUUGGCAAAAAUAAAUGUCUGUCAUACAGACUUUUACAUCCA